GUACUUGGUCCGAUUCCUCUUGCCCUUGGGGUGGCGUUCCCUGCCGACAGAUGGUGACGCCGACUCCAGGCUGGCUCGUGGAAGUUGCGCAGGACCUGCAGGUGGCGGAACAGUGGCCGAGACGCUGGAGGAUGUCGUUGGAGGACAGGGCGGAGAGGAUGAGGACGAUGACGAGGAAGGCACGGCAUUGGAGUCCAUGGUGGACGGCGGCGGAUUCAUCAAGGUAUGUCUGACGCACUUGGUCGAGGACAGAGCAAGACAAGUUGCAAAGGCGGGACACCUGGACAAUUAUACGCGUCGCCGCGUCAAUUGCAUGACGGGUGCCAAUGAAACACAGAGGGGAGAGAAGAGACGAAAGUAAAAGUAAAGGGUGAGCCUGUCAGCUAUCAUGCCAUACGCACAACUGUCAUGGAUAGAGGAAAACGGCCGGGUCGGAACAAGGACAGGACGUCUCGCGGAGUCGGGUUUGGGAGUCGAGGGGAUAUCCAUAUAUAAGGCGCCUCCACUGUAUCUAAAAAAGACCCACGUCGUGUGCCAGCUUUCGCGCCUGUCCGCGUCAAGCUUCGGCCAAUCACAAGCCCAAGCGCUUUCCUAUUUAGGAGAGAAGUCAACAGAGCGGCGGGGGAACAACUGCAGAAGAGCGUGCCAAGGCCGCUCAUCUUGGACAAGGCUCUUCCCAUUGCACCUUGGAACGCUACAUAACAAGGGAAAGAAAAAAAGAGAUGAAUAUCAUCAUGACACAGGACACCGUUCCUGCGAAGAAAUUGACAAAAGGAUAUGCUCACAAUCCAAAGGUAUACCAAGGUCGUACUCCCUCCCCUGUGAAUCGCUGACGCACGAAAGACACCAGACAACAGCUCGAUGAAUUCCGCAGCUUAGUCUUCCACCUCCUCGGACAACGCCUCCAAAUCGUUCCU